UAAAAACAAAUCAAAGUUUUAAUAAUACAAUGAUUUGAAGCAAUAAUAUCACCAAAUGUUAACAAUUUGUGCCAUAAUUUGGUGACAAUUGAAUUGAUGACCAGUUGUGGCGACAAAAUGAUGUCCAGUUCAGAGGAAACAACACCAGAUUAUAUGGAUAGUGAGGACAGGGAUGACAUCGAGGACAGGGAUGACAUCGAGGACAGGGAGGUCACGGAAGAGCAUAGCUUUGAAAAUCCCAAUUAUAGGAAACUAUACGCCGCGCUGUCUAUCAACUCAAUGAUGGGUAAUAAUCAACACUUGAAAGACAACCAAAGUAUGCAUCAAAACAACACUCAAGACCAACAAACCAAUGGAUCAACUGAUGGUGAACUACCACUUGGAUGGGAACGACAUGAAGACGAAGAGGGACCAUAUUAUUGGCACAUUCCUAGCGGUCAUAUUCAGAGACAACCACCUGUUGGUGACAAACAAGUUGAUGCUAAAAGAGAUUCACUUAUUUAUUUGGAAGACUUGGACCAAGUGAUUGAUCCCAAUGCCGGUCAUACCAGUGCUGAUCACAAUGAUUCAGAAGUGAACAAAUCAUUAACCUUUUUAGUCAAUUCGUUGGGUUGGAUGGAAGUGGAAGAAAGCCAACUGACAUCAGCCACCAGUUCUAAACUGAUCCAAAAGUGUAUCAUUGAAUUGAGUACAAGAGGUGAUAAUAAUGCUGUCCGUUGUUGGGGUCGACAAACACAGCAAUUGAUUCUUAAGAUAGACAACUCGUGUCUUAAGUUAUACGAUUUGAGUGGCAAUACUCUACUUAAUAGUCACACAAUUCAAGGUUUAAAGGUUUGGGGCGUUAAUGAUAACAACGAUUUUGCUUUUAUUGCUAAACACACCAAUGAUAUCGACAGCAAUGAUAUUAACUGUCAUAAGAGCGGUGACAGCGAUAUUAAUCAGAAGAGUCCUCUUCUUCCUUCAGGUGUUUCCAAUGAACUCAAAUGCCAUGUCUUUCAUUGUGAAGACGAUGACAAUAGUGCCCAAAGGAUAGCCACAUAUCUUCGCGAUGAAAUGAUUCGCUUGAAAUCCAGUGAUGAAUCUCAUAAUAUGUGGUCAUCACCAGCUCAGAGGCCAAAGAAUUUGUUUCUUUAUGAAAGCAGCAGAAGUUCGUCAACGUUGGCGACGCCGACUGCCAUUGAAUUUCCGACGCCUAUUGAAGAACCGCGAAAAACAAUUAGUGCCAUAUAUUUGGGAAAAAUCAAAGUAUUGAAACCAAUGGGAAUCGAUAUACUUAAUAAAGCCAUUGAAGAAGUCAUCUUUAAUGAUAACAAGGACUCAUCAGUCAAGAGAUAUAAUACACAAGUAUUUAUUCACAUUUCGCCAUCAAAUAUAACUAUUGAAUCCAAAGAUUCUGCUGAAUAUCUUGCAGAAUGUCGAGUCAGGUAUUUAUCAUUUUUGGGCAUUGAUAGCAAUAAUGUAAAAAAUUGUGGAUUCAUUAUGCAAAUCGAUGACAACCAGUUUGAGGCGUUAUGUUUUGAAUGUGAGCCCAGUUCUGGAGCUUUCUGUAAGACUAUUGAGGCCGCCUGUAAGCUCAGGUAUCAAAAGUGUUUGGACGCUCACAGACAGCGAUUGGCAACAAAUAGCACUACUUCACCACAAAAUACAUCUCGUAUUAAAUCCACGAUAUAUAAUGUGUUCUCAAAAAUAUCUAAUAAUAUUAUGAAACAUUAAAAUCUUAAAUAUAAAUUUAUGUUGAUAUUUGUAGGA